AGGCAUCAAAGUCCAAGCGUGAAGUCAUCUUCAAGCGUGCCGAGAAGUAUGUUCAGGAGUACCGUCAGGCUGAGCGUGAGGAGAUCCGUCUCAAGCGUGCCGCCAAGGUUUCUGGUGACUUCUACGUCCCUGCCGAGCCCAAGCUCGCCUUUGUGAUCCGUAUCAAGGGUAUCAACAAGAUUGCGCCUAAGCCUCGCAAGAUCAUGCAGCUCAUGCGUCUCAUCCAGAUCAACAACGGUGUCUUUGUCAAGCUCACCAAGGCUACAUCGCAGAUGCUCACACUCAUCGAGCCAUACGUCGCAUACGGCGAACCCAACCUCAAGUCUGUCCGCGAGCUUCUUUACAAGCGCGGAUACGGCAAGAUCAACGGCCAGCGCAUUCCUCUUACCGACAACGCCCUCAUCGAGGCAUCGCUCGGCAAGUACGGCAUCGUGUCCAUUGAGGAUGUGCUCCACGAGAUCUUCACCGUGGGCCCCAAUUUCAAGCAGGUCAACAACUUCCUCUGGCCUUUCAAGCUCUCCAACCCUCUUGGCGGCUGGCACGUCAGGAAGAUGCGUCACUUCAUUGAGGGCGGUGACUUUGGUAACCGUGGUGAGUUCAUCAACGAGCUCAUCCGCAAGAUGAAUUAGACAUCUCACUGCAUAUCCUCAUUGUCCAUAGCGAAGCCUUUACUUAUGCAUGACAGCUACUGCUUGCUACAUCCAUGUGGUCACUCGUGAUC